CACCACCCACCUGGUUCUUUGUAGUCACCUGAGUCCGGAGAUUAUAUUCACCAGAAACUCGUCUCUAAUGUUAUAGGUUGGUGUAAUAAGCAGAAACUGAGAGAGAUAUGGAAUUAUUACUAAUGAUUAUCGGAUUAUUAUUAUUAGGUUUAGUUGUUUCCAAUAUCUUCUUCACUAGAAGACGCUUCAUCCUUCCGCAAUUGGAAUCUCAGCCUAUCUUUGAAGAUCCAAAUUCUCUUAAACAGGUUGAAUGCCCGAAUAUCAAUGACCCUGCACAAAAGUAUAUUUCAUUGAUUAUUCCUGCCUACAAUGAAGAGGAUAGAUUGCCCGCAGCUCUUGAUGAGACUAUCAAUUAUCUUCAACAACGUUCUAGGAAGAACCAAUCAUUUUCAUAUGAGGUGAUAAUUGUUGAUGAUGGAAGUAAAGACGGAACAAAACGAGUAGCGUUUGAUUUUGUGAGGAAAUAUAAAGUAGACAAUGUCAGAGUUAUUCUCCAAAGAAAGAAUCAGGGCAAAGGAGAAGCAAUAAGAAAAGGGAUGCUACAUUCAAGGGGGCAACUACUUCUUAUGCUGGAUGCUGAUGGAGCAACAAAAAUUGAUGACCUAGAAAAGCUUGAAAAUCAGAUUCUUGCAUUUGCCAAACAAGCAGAUGGUGAUUCAGUUGAACGAAUUGGUGAUGUCCCGGUUGUGGCAUUUGGUUCUCGUGCUCAUCUUGAAAAGAAAGCAUUGGCUACAAGGAAAUGGUACCGGAACUUUUUGAUGAAAGGCUUCCAUCUCGUGGUCCUCUUAGCUGUUGGUCGUAGCGUUCGUGAUACACAGUGUGGAUUUAAGAUGUUCACUAGAGCUGCUGCAAGGAAGCUUUUCACUAAUAUUCGUUUGAAAAGAUGGUGCUUCGACGUGGAGUUGGUAUACUUAUGUAAAUAUUUCAAAAUCCCCAUAUCUGUAAUAUCAGUGAACUGGUCUGAAAUCCCAGGAUCAAAGCUUAGCCCACUAAGCAUUCUUAACAUGUUGUGGGAGCUGGCUAUCAUGUCAAUUGGUUAUAGAACUGGUGUUUGGAAGAUAAACACUCAAGCAUUAUGAUUUGAAAGAGAUUAUUUAUCUGACGAUGAUUAGUGCUAUUCAAUGCGUUUUUGGUCGGCCAUGGAUGAAAGAAACUUGGUUAUAAUCUUCUAGAUGGGUACAGUUGUAGCUUUAAAAAAAACACUAUGUAGAGUGGAUUCUGAAAGGUUUUGUUGUUUUAAACAUAUCAACUGUUAUGACAGCUAUCCUAGUUAAGUUUUAACUUGAUGUUCUAAAAACAAA